AUGGUACAGACAGCAGGUUAUCGUGAGAAGAAAGCAUUCAUUAUAGCUCAGAGUCCAAUGGAGAACACUAGCAGAGACUUUUGGAAGAUGAUAAUGGAUUAUAAAGUGUCUGCUAUUGUCAUGUUGUGUAAAUUAGAAGAGAAUGGAGAGGGUUAUAGCUGUUCAAAGAAGUUCAUAGCAUCACAAGGACCAAUGAAGAAAACAUUAGUUGAUUUCUGGCGUCUAGUCUGGCAAGAGACACCGCAAGUUAUUGUCAUGGUAACUAAUUUAAAAGAAGGAUCAAAGAACAAAUGUGAACAAUAUUGGCCAAAGUCUCUCAAAGAGCCUAUUGCCUUUGUUGGACCUUUUACUAUCACAUUACUGGAUGAACAGGUUUUACCAGAUUUUGCUAUUCGAAGGCUCAAAAUUAAAGUCCCCAUCUUAGUUCACUGUAGUGCUGGUGUAGGUCGUACUGGUACAUUUAUUGCUGUGAAUAUAGCUCUGGAACAAGCUAGUAAAGAGGGAGUAGUAGAUAUUGCUGGUAUUAUCAAUAGACUUAGAGAACAGAGAAUGAAGAUGGUACAGACAGUGGAUCAAUAUGCUUUUGUUCAUGAUGCUGUACUAGAAAGAGUAAUUUGUGGAAAAACAGAGAUUCUAACAGACAAAUAUCGUUCUGAACUACAGAAACUUAAAGAGUGUGAUCCCAGAACACAUCAGACAGGUCUUGAGUCUCAGUUUAAUCUCCUAUUUCAAUUGACCCCUAAACCUGAUGAUGUUCAUUGUAAUACAGCAGAAGUCAACAGUGAUAAGAAUCGUUCUGACAAGUACCUACCACGUGAGGACUGUAGAACAAUGAAUGGUUAUCGUGAGAAGAAAGCAUUCAUUAUAGCUCAGAGUCCAAUGGAGAACACUACCAGAGACUUUUGGAAGAUAAUAAUGGAUUAUAAAGUGCCUGCUAUUGUGAUGUUAUGUGAACUAGAAGAGAAUGGAGAGAGGAAAGAAGGCUUGAAGGAAGAAGACAGAAGAGACCAGGCAGGAGAGCGACUCAUCUUUUACAUCCAGAGAAACAUCAGAACAGUCACGAGAACAUCAGAGAAGAACAGUCAAGAACGUCAGAACAGUCAUGAGAAGAUCAGAGAAGAACAGUCAAGAACGUCAGAACAGUCAUGA